UGUCAGAUUUGUCAUGCAGUAUUUGUAGGUUAUAUGUUAUAUUUUGAUUAAAAUUUGAAUUUCGCUAUGGAAGAAAGUGUUUCCUUCGAUAUAAGGAAUAUUAUAUUAAAUAAACAAGAACCUAUCGUAAUAAAAAAUGUUUUAAAAUGGAAAAUACUACAAUGGACAUUAAGUGAUUGGAAAUCAGCACUUCAUAAUGAAAAAUUAGAAUUUCGCAGAGGUUUCAAUACUUCAUCAAAUGAGCCUCAAUGGGAACGAAAAACAAAAUUGUUAAAAGGCGAUUUUGAAUACUUUCUAAAUCAUGCUCAAAAUAACACAAAAGAAUGGCUAUAUUUUGAUUACAAACAGUUAAAUACCUGGUUUAAGGAUAAUCAAAGUAUUAGGCAAGAACUUGAAUGGGAUCCACUUGGUUUUCCAAAUAUUAAGCCAGAAGACUGUACAAUAUGGAUAGGUUCAAAAGGUGCUCACACUUCAUGUCAUAUGGAUUGCUAUGGAUUUAAUCUAGUAUAUCAAAUUUAUGGGUCAAAAAUCUGGCUGUUGUUUCCCCCAGAAGAAAAUCUGAAACCAAGUAGGAUACCUUAUGAGGAAUCAAGUAUAUAUUCAAAGUUGAAUUUUUUUAGUCCUAAUGUUAAUGAUUUUAUAGGUUUAAGUAAUAAAUGUAGAAAAGUAAUAUUGAAUCCAGGAGAUAUGCUAUUUGUACCACAUAAGUGGUGGCAUUAUGUUGAAAACUUGGAGACCAGUAUUUCUAUAAAUGUUUGGUUACCUAAGGCCGAAGAUGAUAAAGAAAGAGUAAAAGAGUCAAUUGUUCAGUAUUUUGUAAAGCAAAUAACAGAAACAGCAGAUAGAGAUGAAAAUAAUAGAAUGUUAAAUCCUAACAUGGAUGAAGUUAUUUUAGGACACAACAAAAGUUCGUUUAUGGAGACAAUACAUAAGUGUAGGAAAAUUUAUCAAGACAAGUUAUCAAAUAAAAAAUCUUGUACAGAAUGUCAAGCAACUAAGAAUAAAACAGAACCAACCACUACCACAAUCAAUGUUCAGGAUGUAGUGUACACUGUCCCUGUUUUGACAAAAGACGAAUUUUUGGAAUUUCUAUAUCAACAAGCCAAUCGGUUUCAUGAUGUCGAGAGCUCUAAUACCUAUAAGAGUGAUGACAAUGACGAUACAAAUAAGUUUCUUGAAGCCAUAACACAUCCAGAAGUUGUUGAUCUCAUUGCGAAUAUUCUUAUAAAUAAUUAAUCAAAAUAUACAUAAUAUAGUAUUUUC